AUGGAAGAUCAAGUGCUCGUCCUCGGCUCGAGCAAGGACGGCAACGUGUACGUCGUCGACCCGUCGUGCUCGUCGCAGCUCUUCCUCUUCAAGGGCUCCUCCUGCGCGCGCCAUGGCCUCGCCGUCGUGCCCCGCACCGGCCAUCUCAUCACGAUCCAGCCCGGCAAGCUCGCGCUGCACAUGCACAUGUGGGGCAAGGACGUCCCGACGCUCAAGUGCCACGUGACUGAGCCCAUGGGCCCGCUCAUCGCGACGCGCGACGGCAACUUCUGCAUCGCCGGCGGCGCCUCCGGCAAGAUCUACGUCUGGUGCGUCGCGACCGGCGCGCUCCUUCACGUCUGGGACGGCCACUACAAGGCGGUCUCGGCGCUCGCCUUGACGCCGGACGACGCGUUCCUUGUCUCGGGCGGCGAAGACGCCGUCGUGCACGUGUGGCGCCUCCUCGACAUCCUCGACGCGUCCCACGAAGGCUCGACGCUCAACCAAGGGCUCUCGCCAUUGCACACGUGGACCGACCACGUGCUCCCGAUCACGCAUGUGCACUGCGGCUUUGGCGGGCGCAUCUUCACUGCGUCGCUCGACCGCACGGCCAAAGUGUGGGACAUCGUGCACGGCCGGGCGCUCGUCUCGGUCACGUGCCCUUCGUACGUCAACGUGGUCGUGCCCGAUGCGAUGGAGCACCGCCUCUUCCUCGGCGCCGGCGACGGCCGCAUCUACGUCGUCGAUCUGCACGCGGCCGCGACAGCUGCGACCGCGGCCCACGCCCGCGUCGUGCUGGCGGCGGACGGCGCGCCGUUCUCGCAAGAGACGCUGAGCGCCGACGGCUUUGUCGGCCACGAACACCCGGUGACGACGCUCGUCGUAAGCCUCUGCGGGCGCUUUGUCAUCUCGGGCGACGACGACGGCGUCGUGCGCGUUUGGGACUCGGUCUCGCGCCAAGCGCUGCGGACGAUGAACUUCGUCAAGGGCUCGAUCGCCGACAUGGCGCUCCUGCCGCGCCCCGCCGGCCUCUUCCACCCGGUCGCCAAGACGUCCCACGAGCUCCCGAUCGCGCCGUUCAAGAAGUACAUCAAUGCCUCGUAG